GGGUGUUGUCACCAAUGAGGAAAUAAAUGCUUUUGUUCUGCACUUUCCAAUCUGAAGAGUGAGCAUGGACGUCAACAAAGGUCCAUCUGUAGAAGAGACGCAGUUUGGUUUUCCAUCUCCGUCUCAACGGAAACGGGUCCUUCACUUCGCCAGUGGCGAGACCCUGGAGGAGGACAGCAGCGGUGAAGAGGACAAGGAGACUCACAGUGAUGUACACAGCGGCCCUGUGAACACGUCUCAGCAGUCAUGGAAGAUGUAUUCUGUCCUUCUGUGGAGGCAGUUUUGCAAGAAGUCAUUACAAACCUGCGAUUACCUAGGAGAAAAACUUGCAAGUUUAGCGGGAUUGAACACAUCUAAGUACCAGUAUGCUGUUGACGAAUAUCAUCGUAAAAACAAAGAGGGGUCGGGACUGGAACAGAGCAGGUGUUUGUCUUCCCAGAGGAAUACGGACUAUGGCUCGAUGGGCCGAGCGGGCGGCGCUGCGCACCUCAAGUCCGACCGCAGUGCGGGACUGAGAGCGGAGGAAUCUGCAGACGCAGCACACCUCCAGCACGGCCACUGAGCUGCAGCUCCGCGUCUGGGGCCACAAACACGAAGCAUCGUUCUUUUUUUUUUUUUCCUCAUAAGCGCUGUGAUUUUCUCCGGCUCUUUGGCUUUGUUUUUCAGUUCACCAAGCCCCUGUUUAAAAUAUGUGUUAUCAUAGCAUAAAAUAAAGUUCAAAAUGUUUCGAUUAUUCUGGAUUUUUUUUUUUUCUCAAAUUAAAAACACUGGCAUGUCUGUUCACGUUACUGUUUCUGCUUAAAAUGAUCAUGUUGUAAGAUAUUCACUUUCUAAAGCUGAAGUUCUUUUCUGUGAGAAAUGUUCGAAGCUUUUCUUCAGGAUAAGGUAAAGUUUUAUACGUUUUGACAGGUGAAUGUUUUUUGUUCGUGCACUUGUGUUAAAAGUCCUUAAA